AUGCCCAAAUUAUUUGCUGUAGUGCAAUUUCCGUUGGAAAAUAACAGUAUUGCCACUGUGCCAUUGUCAUGGCUGGACGAAGAUAGCAAAAUGUGCGUAUGGCCGGAAAAUAUCCGAAACAGCGAGGUUGUGAGGCUUGUCGAGGAACUUGCACAGCCAGGCGAAACAGGCUGGCGCUCCUUCCCAGUCUCUGUUGUUGCCACAUCUCGUAAGUACACACAUCACGGUGCUUUCUCUACAUAUUUUACGUUGAUAAUGUCUUUUCAGCCUGGAAAUGAAGGUGUGCCGCGGCAAGCAGCACCGUCGGUGGAACUACCGCUACCUCCUGCUGAACUGAAAAGCAUUCAUUUGCUGCUGGAUAUCCGGCACCAGCUGCGGGAGGGCUUUGCCCAAAUAAAACAGGAGCUGCAGCUGGUGUCGGAGAGGCUGGACCGGCUGGAAAGCAAAAGCAGCCCUGCUGUUCCGCAGGCAGCGCCCCCGACACUUCCCCAGUUGCCUGCCAAAACGGUUGAAGAUGUUGAGGUGGCAGAGCAGUCGCUUCAGGAUGAAGAUGUGGCUGCUGCUCUGCGCAAGCAACUGGUUCGAUUGGGGGGCACAAGCCUGCGGGACACAGCGUCCAACAUAUUGAAUGGCCUUAUGGGCCAUGAAGUCCAACUGCAGUUCAGCCUUCAUGGCAAAAAGGGCAAAAGGGCGUUUGUGAACACACGCCUCUGCAGAGUGGCAACAGAUGCCAUCUGCGAGAAGCAAGGGGUCGACGUGAGGGAAGCGCACGAUUUUAUAAAGAGGUGGCUGCCUGGCGCCAUCGACCGUGCUGGUGGCAGGAGGCGGCGUUAUGCUGAAGCAGCGCUGCUUGCGCAGCCUCUCCCCUCUGCCACCUUUUCCGCUCCUGCUGCCCCUUCUGCUCCUGAUGCAAGCUCAGCCUCCACCUUGUCUACCGGCAGUGUGCCAGCGUAG